UUUUCUGUUUGUUUGUUUGUUUCCGUACUUGUCACAUUCUCAGCUCCAUGUUCAACCUUUUUUCUUUCUCCCUUAGUUCUUGUCUGGGGGAUAACAGUCUUCCUCUCCCAGUGUUCAAAAGGAACUACAGGUAAGGACAGGACAGGGAAGAAUGAGAAGGGAAGAGGUGACGUUGGGAAGAGAGACCGGGAAUUGAGUAUCUGUUCUUCCUUGGAUGCACACCAUCAAUGUCUGCCCCCAGAUGCCGUUGACUCAGGACCAUGGCUGUGCCAGCCGGCGCCCAGGUGUGGGAACAAGAUCUACAACCCUUCGGAGCAGUGCUGUUACGAUGACGCCAUCUUGUCCUUAGAGCAGACCCGUCGCUGUGGCUCCAACUGCAUCUUCUGGCCCUGCUUUGAGCUCUGCUGUCCCGAGUCCUUUGGCCUCCAGCAGAAGUUUCUUGUGAAGCUGAAGGUUCUGGGUACGAAGUCUCAGUGUCACUCAUCUCCCAUCUCCCGGAGCUGUAUCGGGUAAAGGCCCCUACCUUGCUCUUAACUAAAGGUAUGAGGGAGGGAUGAGGGAUACGGAGGGCUUGAAGAGGAACUCCUGUUUGGAGUUCUAAUAACGGCAAAAGAGUCAGCCCGGUGGGAGCAGGGGAAAGCAAAAAGAAGAAGCAGAUAAGCUAUAAGUCUGCCUUUCUUCACGGUCCAGGACAAAUAGCCCUCUUGUAUAAAUAACUCGCAACCUUCCUGCACCCAGCUAU